AUGGGUGACUUGACACAAUAUUCCUAUGGAGAGAAUAUUACAGGACACAAUGCUAACGUUGCUAAAGAGACAUUUCAGGUGAGGAAUAUGACGGUAAUCACAGAAAUAUUGCUGUUAGGAUUUCCAAGUCUCCAGCAAGAUAAGGGUCUAGCUUUCACUCUCUUCCUUGUGAUUUACUGGGUGACAAUAUGUGUGAACCUCCUGAUCAUCUCACUGGUGGUGCACAGCAAGAUUCUCCAUUCUCCCAUGUACAUCUUCCUUACUCAGCUUUCUGUGUGUGAUAUUUUGGUGGUCACAGAUAUUGUCCCCAAUCUGCUUUAUGUUGUCCUCAAUGACGGAGGCCUCAUAUCUCUUUUGGGCUGUAUCACUCAAUAUUUAAUAUUUUGUCCCUCAGAAGCCUCAGAGUGUCUCCUACUGACAGUGAUGUCUUAUGACCGUUAUUUGGCCAUAUGUAAUCCGCUGCGUUACAAUGCUAUAAUGAGCCACGUGUUUUGCUUUAAAUUAGUUCUCAUCGGCUGGGUUAUAAGUUAUUCACUGGUAGUAUAUCAAGCUAUGCAAAUAUAUACAUUAUCAUUCUGUGGAUCACAUGUGAUUGACCAUUUUUUCUGUGAUUUUGAUCCUGUGCUUGAGCUUUCCUGCUCAGAUACUUUUGGAGUUGAAAUUAAAUCUAAAUUAAUUUCCAUUCCAGUAAUUAUCUUCCCUUUCUUUAUCAUUAUUAUUUCCUAUGUCUGUAUUGUGUCCACCAUCCUAAGAAUGCCAUCACUUACUGGCAGACAUAAGGCCUUCUCUACCUGCAGUUCCCACCUGGCCGUUGUCUGUAUAUAUUAUGGAGCCCUGACGAGUAUUUAUUCAGUCCCUAAGAAUGAAAAUUCACAUAGUUUAAGCAAACUCCUGUCUCUGCAGUACACUGUGGUCACACCAUUGAUUAACCCUAUCAUCUAUAGCUUCAGAAAUAAGGACAUCCACAAAGCAUUUGAUAUGUAUAUCAGGAAAUUUCUCUCCCAUCAUAAACCAUGGCUGAACAAUGUUCCAUUUGGACAAUUAAGACGUAUUAAACGUAAUUGUAGCAGCUUAUCAGAUUAUCAUUCACAAGCAGAUGAGUUAUCAACCGCAUUUAAGAACCGAGGAUAUCCUGAAUCUCUGAUUAAAUCAGCCAGAGAAAGGGCAGACUCUAUAGACAGGAAGGAAUUAUUGGUACAUAAAGCACAUCACUGCAAGUUUGAUUCUGAUCAACCACACUUUAUAACACAAUUCAAUAGCUCUUCAUCUAAGGUCAAGAACAUCAUUAAUAACAAUUACACCAUUCUUUUGACAGAUCAAAUUCUAAAAACAGAGUUGAAAGAUAAACCGUCUGUUAUUUUCAAAAAAUCUAAUAAUCUACAACAUCUUCUUGCACCCAGUCUUUUUAUAGACAAAAGAAAAACAGAGGCGAAUAUCAACUCCUCCAACAUGGUUCAAUGGCUCCCCAAAAUUGUGGGAUGUUUCAGAUGUGGAGCCAAACAAUGUAUCACCUGCUCAUACAUUUUAAAUAAUGUUAAAGUUUUCAAUACUCCUAACUCCCUAAAGACUAUGGAUAGGAGGAUUGAAGACCUCAAGGCAAAGCUAAAGGACAGUCCUUCCCUCGACAAUCGGCUUCUACAAAGACCUCCAAGCAAAGGACCAAUCAGGCCUGGGAGACCCAAUGUCCAACUACCAAGCCAGAAGACAAUUCCUCAGCCUAAUGGGAAGGGUCUCUAA